UCCAGAAGAGCGGACCAAGGCUGCUGCCAGCUCCUGCCACUCAGGGCGUCUGCCUCUGUCGCUGGGACUCUCAAGAACUCUCUUCGCUCACAAAUCACCAGAAAAGCCAAAAUGUUGGUGUUACUGGCUGGUAUCUUUGUGGUCCACAUCGCCACUGUCAUUAUGUUGUUUGUUUCCACCAUUGCCAACGUUUGGGUGGUUUCAGAUGAUAUUACAUCAUCCGUAGGUCUUUGGAAGAACUGUACCGGGGGUAACUGUGGCCAAGAACUUAUGUAUAGCAAUGAUGAUGCCCUCAAGGCUGUGCAGGCCUUCAUGAUCCUCUCCAUCAUCUUCUCUGUCAUCUCCCUCCUGGUCUUCGUGUUCCAGCUCUUCACCAUGGAGAAGGGAAACCGGUUCUUCCUCUCAGGCGCCACCAUGCUGGUGUGCUGGCUGUGCAUUAUGGUCGGAGUGUCCAUCUACACUCAUCAUUAUGCCAAUAGCAAUAGGAACUUUUUCUCGAACAGCCACCAUGGCUACUGCUUCAUCCUGACCUGGAUCUGCUUCUGCUUCAGCUUCAUCAUUGGCAUUCUCUAUCUUGUCCUGAGAAAGAAAUAAAGCUGAACAAGUGUA